AAGAAAUAACAAGAGAUGCUUCGAGAAUUCUAUUUUAUUAAUGCAAAACGAAGUGGAAAUGAUGGAAAACAACACUUAUUCCAUCAAAUACCCUUUAAGCAAGAAAAAUAAAUACGAUUUUCAAUUAACGAGUCUAUUUUUAGGAGGAGUCGAAAAAAAUGCAGACGAUUACGUUAAAAGUGCUAAAGUAUUGCGGCUCGUUUAUUACUUUAACGACUAUUCGAAACUUGAAAGAAGAAAAGUGGAAGAAUGGCAAAAUCUGUUUCUAGAUCUUAUUGAAUCGAGUAAUUUUCAGUACAUAACCGUCGAUCGAUACACAGCGAUUACAAUUGAUCAAGAGUUAUCAUCUGUCGUCAGUCGAAUAUUUCCUCGAAUACCGAUUGCAAUGUUAGCAAUAGCAAUCUUUUCAAUGUUGACCUGUUUGUAUAACAGUUGGAUCGAAAGCAAACCUUGGACUGGAAUAAUUGCGUUAACAUCGGGAGGAAUGUCUUUGGCUUCGUCAUUUGGAUUGAUUAUGUAUUUUAAUACACCGUUUGUAGUUCCUGCUGGAACUGUACCCUUUUUAAUCAUAGGAGUAGCCAUGGACGAUGCUUUUGUUUUUCUUGCUGCGUGGAAAAGAACCGAUUUCCAGAAGACCGUACCAGACAGACUCUCAGAAGUUUAUUCGGAAUCCGCCAUUUCUGUUACUGUAACUUCAGUAACGAAUUUCAUAGCUUUCAUUUCGGGACUGUUCACCCCUUUCAGAUCCGUAUCUUAUUUUUGUUUAUACGCAUCGAUUUCUGUUCUCUUUUGUUACGUUUAUCAGAUAAUGUUCGUUGGUGCAUGCAUGGCAGUCUUUGGAUAUGCGGAGAAACAAGGAAGACAUUCUUUAUUCUUCACGAAAAUAAGUACACGAACAGAAAACCAUUCAUGGAUUCGAAAAAUGCUCUUCACCACAGAAUCUUGGAAAUCUACUAAACACACGACCACUCAAACGUCAUCAAUUUGGAUGAAGCUCGGUAAUAUUUUAUUCUUAUGGUAUGUCAUGAUAAUUAUCCUCUUCAUCAUGGCAGGUUACGUGGCAGUUGGAGUUUGGGGAGUGACAAAAACAGAUACUAUAGGAUCAUUAUCUCAGUCUACUGCAUACAAUUCAUAUUAUUUUCAAAUCCAAAUCGUUGUCGAUCAAGAAAUCAAUUAUGCAGAUGUAGAAAUUCAGAAUCAAAUAGAAAAACUUUUCUCCGAAAUGGAGAGAGAAGGAUUAAUUGCAGAUUUUCUUACCGAGUCUUGGCUCCGAAGUUUUGUGGAAUUCGUCAAAGAGGAUUCAAUGUCUGCGAUCGUAAAGUCGUACAAUAUGAGCGACACAAAAGAUUUUAUUGUAGUUCUGCGCCGAAUGUUUCUACGUCAUCCUUAUGCACAACGAUUUCGUAAUGAUAUUGCAUUCAACUCUGACUAUACAGCUAUCGUUGGAAGCAGAUUUCUUUGUCAGACUGAUUUCACUGUUGAUGAAAAAUCAUUCUUCGUGACUUUACAAAGACUACGGAAAAUCACUGAUAAAAUGUCAUUCAGAGUGUUUCCGUAUCACUUCUUCAAUUAUAUCGUGGAUAGCAAUGACUUGCAUGUAAAAUUUACUGUACAAUUGUUGAGUAGUAUUGUAUUAAUUGUAAUUUUUGUGUGUUUCGUUUUCAUGCCAGACGUCGUCGUCACGUUUUCGGUCACUCUUUCUAUUGUUACUAUUGAAAUUUCCACUUUGGGUUACAUGGCUUUGUGGGAUGUGGAAUUGGCACCAGUGUCUAUAAUUGUCUUAGUCAUGUGCGCCGGUUUUUCGGUGGAUUACUCUGCUCAUAUGUCUCAUGCUUAUAGACAUUGCGAUAUUGAAGAUUCCAAUGAACGUCUUCGUCAUAGCAUCAAUUUUAUAGGAUUCGCAAUAUUUCAAGGUAGUGCAACAACUAUAAUUUCUGUGUUACCUUUAACCAUUCCAUUGGCAAAAUACAAGAGAAGCGGGGCUUCCAUUGCUUCCAAUGACGACAUGCCACUGCUCGAAUGA